GUAGUCGAUACUUGGUUUGCCUACAUUCGAGAAACUAGAGAAAUAGUUUGAAGACUUUAGACAUUGUUUUGAGGAAUUAGGGGAUUACAGGUGUGGAUACUUGGGGGAUUUACGGGUGUGGAUAUGUGUUGUAACGACGAAGAUAGAUUCAAUCACCAUGCUCAUAAAUGCCAAACUUCUCCUGUUCAUCAGUUUGCUCUAUUGAUGAUUACAUAGUGGAACUUGCUGUGGAGCUCGAAACUACUGCACAGUUGAGAGAUUCUCAGUUCAUUUUUCCUCAAAGGUCAUGGCUUGAUUUGUAUGGGAUUAAUGUUAGACCUGUCGCUCAUUUUGGAAGUGCUAGUAGCAAGCAGUUUCUUGAUCCUGCAUUGAUACACCAGGUGCUACAUGAUGAACUGCUUUUUGAGGUCAACUUGUGUUUGUCGAAAGUGGAGGUACAUAAUUCGGAACCCUUAUUUUGGGGCACUGCAUGCCUAAAGACUUGGCAGGUACCAGGGACACUGGUUCUGGUUAUUCUAUUGCCACUAGUGAGGUUAGUAAGUAACAUUAACCAAUGUGCCUUAUUUUGGAAGUUUCUGGAUUGGUAGAAAACUAUAAGGUCCUUCAGUUGAAGUAUGAUGGUUCAUGGAGAAAAAAUGUUGCUUUUAAGACCAAGGCUUCGUACGGAUGGUAAGAUAUAGUUUUUGAAAAAUGUUGCUUUACUAUUGAGCAUUCAAUAUUUUGAAAAGCUAACGAUAUAAAGUUUUUCACGAAGUUAAGUGGAGAAGGGUAGAUGGGCGGGCCCAUUAUCCACCGAUAUAAAGCUGGGUAUAGUGUAUUUGGUAGAGAUUUAUCGACUGUAUUUUCCAAAAUAAAUUUCUCUAUGGACCACAUACCAAGGCAUUUAUCUUGGAUUUACUUAUGCCAUCUGAGCAGGAGAACUAAUUCUUUUCUUAUCAGGAUGUUUUUGCCGUAGCCUAUAAAAAGAAUUGGUUUAUUUGUAUCUAUAAGUCUAAGUUGAAAUAUUUGAAGGUAUUAAGAAGUGUUAAUUUAACCUUUUCCACAUGUAUUUAUGUCAGUCGAAACACAUAUAUUCGUGCAGGAGUAGCUGAGUGGAAGAUCACUAAUCCAGUUUAUAUUGUAUGUGUAUUCUUAUUCUCCACAUAGUUAAAAUUUUCAUACAGUUCUUGAGUUGCAUGUUUAGAGGUGAACUGUGCUGGUAAAUGCUGCAUAGUGCUUAUAAGAGAAGGCAAAUAAUGCAAUACAUUAAUUUAUCUUUUGCCUUGUAAAUUUCAUUAAGGAAGAUAGUUGAUACUGAAAGUGAAAACUGAAAGCUGUAAAGCAUAUGAUGAAGCUAAACACUGCAAAUAGACUUGCUCUGCCUGGGACUCCGGAAAACAGAGCAAGUGGUGGGCUACUGCAAUAAUACAUGUUCUGCUUGAGAGAGGGUGUUGCCCUCAUCUGGAAAGAGUCGAUAUAAGUUGUGGGCUAUCGUGAGCAAACAUUGGAUUCUAAUCGGUAUUUACCUCUAUGAGUGUGUUCAAUUUCCUCUCAUUGCUUCUUUUCUACACUUUGCAUCCUAUAGCAUUUAGUGUUAAUUGCAUUUUAUAACAUUGCCAUCUUCUCUUUGAUUAUAGGUGUGUUACUAUUUCUAUAUGAGAUUUUAUCCUUCAGGCAGAUUCCUUUAUAAG